CACAAUGAGAGUGAGUAGAAAGGGAAAGGAGAAAGAAGACGAGUGGAAUACGAGAGACGGCGUGAGAUCUUCCUUCACACACACUCAGGUGUUAUUAUAUAAAUCCUGAACGACAUCCGCGCAGACAUGAGUAACCGUUCGAUCGCGUGGUGGCUCAAACAGAUCGGCCUGUCACAGUACACACAGGCCCUGGAGAGAGAGUAUUAUGGGCUGGAGGGUCUUUUGAUGGUUACUGAUGGUGAUCUGAUUUCGAUGGGUGUUGAGGAUGCUGAUCACCGAGUGACCAUAUUAACUAACCUCAAAAAACACCGACAGAGCUUACUGACAGGCCCACCCGCUGUUCAGUAUCUGGCAUCGCCACUGACGCACACUGAGCGCUUUCAGGCCAAGGAAAAGAAAGUCAGCAGGAAGUUCUCUUUUAGUUCAGCUGACCUGUUUCGCCAGAGCAUCGUUCCGCGCUUGAGUCGCCGUGACAGCCACACCCUCUCCCGCUCCUGCUCCACUCUCCACCCAUUGGAUGAUCAGCAUCGCAGCCUUACCCUCAAACCCAAACACAGCAAGCGGAGGAGCGUUGGAGUCUUCAUCGCUCAGGUGUUCUCAAACCGUAAAGACAUGGACAUGAAGAAAGAGCUGGAGGAGGAGCUUAAGCUCAGCACAGACGAUAUCAGGAGUCAUGCCUGGUAUCACGGGCAGCUACAGAGAGAGGAAGCAGAGGAGCUACUGAAAAAUGACGGGGAUUUCUUGGUGCGAGACUCUAGAACAAGUGGCGGUGACUACGUCCUGAGCUGCAUGUGGAAGAAGCAGUGCAUGCACUUCAAAAUUAUCCGCAUUGUCCUCCGUCCAAAACAGGGUUACACAAGGGAGCUGUAUCAGUUUGAGAACGAUCAGUUCGACAACAUCCCUGCUCUGGUGCGCUUUCACGUAGGUGGCCGUCAACCAAUCUCACAUGCUACCGGAACUGUCAUCACUCACCCGGUCACACGCACACUUCCUCUCCGGGUCAUCAACGAGCGCCAAACUGUGAGGUCAUCAAGCACGAGCUCUGAAACAACGCCUCACUGGUCACCAGAGAAGGGGAAGAGGCGGAGUUUGAGCUCUACACAUAUGGACAUGCUCCAGGUGGACAACCGCAACCUUCUCAGGAGCGGCAGCCAACCUGCUAAUCUAGAGACAGUAGGAAGACCAUUACUACAAUCAGCACAAUCAGAUAGCAACCUUCGACCAGCCGUACCCCAGAGUGCACCAGUGCAGGAUCCUCUUUCCCCGGUGUACCGUACAGGCAGCGAUCCGUUACUCAGCCCUGGCUCGGCUCAUUCACACAACCCCAGCCAAUUGGCCACAGGAGGCUGCACACUCCGAGGUUCUGAUGGACAGCUGCAUUCUCGGGCUCCACCCAAACCAAUCCGGGUUUCCACCCUGUUUCCAGGAGACUCGACCACCAUACCACGGAUCGAGGUCAACCCUGCCUCCUUCUAUGAUGUGCUUGUGCCACAGAUCCCUCAGGCGAUGAUGCCCAAAGGUCCCGCAGCUCGUCUUCGUGCUCAGGAGAAAUGGAACAGUCGGGCACGUAUCACCGAGACCAGCUUUGCUUUUCUUGAGGCAGAGAAAGACGAGGAAGAGCAAGUGGCAGAAACGGUGAAGGAGAAGAUUGACCGAGUGGCAGAGGUAGCGAGCAACGGAGAUGACUGGCGGUUCCUCCGUCCUGAGGCAGAGACAAGCUCCUCGUUUCGUCUAGACGCAUUUCGGUCACUGCUGCUCCCAGACAACAACCGGCCGCUGGAACAGAGCGUACUCCGCUCGAUUAAAGACCUGUUCGCGCGCACUGACGCUAAUACCACGGCUCUGCACAUGCUCAGCGUGGACUGCCAGGUAGCACGCGUGACUGGUGUGACGGAGGAGCAGAAGAGGAUGAUGGGAGUACACUCAGGACUGGAGCUCAUCACACUUCCACAUGGGAGCCAGCUCAGACAGGAUCUACUGGAGAGACAUCACUUGUUAGCCCUGGGCGUGGCCUUGGAUAUCCUGGGCUGUACAGGCACGGUCAAUCAGAGAGCGCUGGUGCUCCAUAAGGUCAUCCAGCUGGCUCAGGCGCUGCGCUUUACCGCCCAUGACCUCUACGCUUUCAGUGCGGUCAUGAAGGCCCUCGAGCUUCCGCAGAUAGUCCGGUUGGAGAUGACAUGGCGAGUGUUGAGGAGGAACCACACAGAGAGUGCUGUGAUGUUUGAGAAAACCCUGAAGCCCUUCAUGAAGUCACUCAAUGAGGGUGAUGACUCGGUGGCGUCCGGACCCUUGUCCCUGCCCCACAUGGUGCCGUUGUUGAAGCUGAUGGAGGGAGAGGAUGGAGUGGAGAACAGUGAGCGAGGCUGCCAGCUCCUCUACAACAUCCUACAGUCCUCGCGCAACACAGCUAAUCAUGCUAACGACUUCCAGCAACACGCACACACACUGUUAUCAGCAGGCUGGGAGCCAAUCCCGGAGCUGCUGGAGACUUUCAGCACCGAGUUCGCCCUGCGUCUGUUCUGGGGUCACACCGGAGCCACGGCCAGCAGAAAGGAGCGCUAUGAAAAAUUCGACAAGAUCCUCUCCAUCCUCUCCAACAAACUGGAGCCUGCGCAGACCUCCGAACUCUGACCUUUGAACUUCCAACUCACUUUUUUAAUGGCUGGACAAAACGAGGGAAUUGUUUUGCUGACCGGAAGUAAACUCGGGAAAGCGUGUCUCUGAUUCUGGACAAUCCAUGUGAAGCUCUUUUCUGAUUGGACGAGAGCAGAUGGAAGUUUUUUUUUGAGUGGACUAUAGAAAAGAAAGCUUUUCUCUGAUGGGAUGCAAGAGAAACGUUUUUUUCCCCCUGAUUGGGACAUAGAAAGAGAAUAAGAUGGAACUUUAUGGAAGUAGUUGAAGUUUCUUUCUGCUCUAAUGGAGUCAGAGUAAAGCUUCUCUCUGAUUGGAUGGAUCAAGUUUGAUGUUGUGGACCAGGUGAAAGUUUGUGUUCUUAUUUUUUAUUUGAUAAAAGCUUUUCCCUGAUGGGACGCGAUUCCGAGAUGACCUGUGAUGAUAAUCUCACAAUGAAAACAGGAGAACUGACCAAAGAAGAAUGUCUGCAUUCGCAUGUAGACGUGUUUACACAUUCUAUUGUACAUGUACUGUAUGUGUGUGUGUUAAUGUGUGUGUCCUGAACAAUGUCAACUCCUGUGCCUCACACUGGAAAUUACAAAUCUAGGCAACACUGGAGAUUACA